AUGGAGCGAUUGCAUUGUCGUUGCUCCUUCGACAAAUGUCACCAAAUCAAUUACAUUCCUUCUCUCCGGCGUAAUUUUUAUUAUUAUAUAUAUUUGUUUUGCGUUUUGAUUUUUAAAUCCACUUCAAAAAUUAAGUGAGCUUGUCGCGUAAAUAUAAAUAUUCAAAGUAACGCAGUGCAACCGGUUUUUAAGCACAUACUAGUCGGUUGGCAAAAUUUAAGAAUUUAAAAAUUUGUUUCAAAAGUGGCCUCAGUGUGGCGGUCAAGGUCGUGCGCAACAUUAAUUCACCCUGCAUUCGAUAUUUGCAAGUAGUACCAGAGCGGAUCGGCAACAGCCACGAAUUGGGAGAAUGUCACUGCAGUGCGCUGCAGAUUGAAAGGCGCAUGGCAGAUUUUCAUAAGUGUCGCCAUAAUCUUCAUACUCUACACUCUAAGUGCCUUCGUUGAGGGCUUUCGUCCAAAGAUGUGUAAACUCGCAGCUCUCUACUUGGGGCAUUGCGAGUGAGCACGUGAGGGUGGGGGUGCAGGUUUGAUUUCCUGAUGUUUUACAACGACGCAAAUUCUAACGGUGGAAUGAAAGUGUACACUUCAAAUGUCUGGUGCUAAAAGCAAAUAUUAUGACGAUAUCAUAUGGCGGCUUCUCUGGCUGGCCAUCUGCCAGCUUCGUGGAACUGCAGUCCAAAGAUAGUCCGCUCGAGACUGGGCCUAUGUCGAGUUCGGAUGUUGGUUGGGUGGGUUCUAUAAUUUGCGUGGGAGGUGUCCUAGGUACGAUAUUUUGUUCGUGGUUUGCUGAUCGUUAUGGGCGUAAAAAGUGCAUGCUGUUGGUGGCGUUACCCUCAUUGAUCGGUUGGUGGAUUAUACCCUUUGCUACUACGCCGACUCAUCUUUGCAUUGCACGUGUCUUCGGUGGUUUUGCUGGAGGUGGCAUAUUUACUGUUCUACCAAUCUAUACUGCCGAAUUGGCGCAAGAUCAUGUUCGCGGUAUUUUGGGGACAGUUCUUAUGUUAACAUUUAAUUUCGGCAUACUCUGUGCAUUCGUUCUGGGCAACUUCUUUACCUAUGAUAAGGUGGCUUGGAUCCUUUCAUCGCUGAGCAUUCUGUUUCUGCUAUGCUUUCCAUUUUUGAAAGAAACUCCUCAACACCUUUUAAAUAAAAAUAAAAUCAAGAAAGCUGAGAAAUCACUGAAAUACUUUCGUAAUAUACGAGCACUGUCACACGAGUGGCCUGAAGACUUCAAAUUUGAAUUGGAUAAACUGAAGGCGGAUGUUAAACAGAAAGACGACAAUGACGAAAGUAAUGCGAUAACCUGGAAGGAUAUAAACAAUCUAACAACACGUAAAGCAUUCCUGAUUGGUAUUGGCAUUAUGACAUUGAUGUCGUUUUCUGGUUGUUUUGCUAUGCUCAACUAUUCGGCGAACAUUUUUAAAGAGUCUGGCUCUAGUCUUUCGCCCACAUUGUCUGCAAUAAUUGUAGGCGUACUUCAAUGGGUCGGAUCCUACAUGUCAACGCUUUUGGUGGAACGCGCUGGUAGGAAGUCUUUACUGCUAAUUUCAACCACUGGUGUUGCCUUGGGCCACAUUAUAUUCGGUGUGUACUCUUAUCUCGAUGUGCUCGGCUACGACGUUCGUGGAUUCUCUUGGUUGUCAAUCUUCAGCUUCUCAUUUACAAUAUUCAUAGCGAGCUUGGGCUUGCUGGGGCUGCCCUACCUGAUUAUAGCGGAAAUAAUGCCACCGAAACUGCGCAGCAUGGGCUCCAUGAUCGGCAUGAUUCAGUUGUGGAUCACCACUUUAAUUAUACUAAAGUGUUUACCGUUAAUGAUCGAAGUGUUGGGUAUGCACGGGAUGGUCUUUGUCUUCGCCGGUGUAUGCAUAGCUGGCAUCAUAUGCAUCUAUCUGUUUAUACCCGAGACCAAAGGAAAAACCAUCGAGGAAAUCCUGGAGAGUUUAUAGUAUUAAGUUAGUACUAUUGUUUAUUUGUAAUAAAUUGAUGUUCCUAAGUAUUUAGUUUAAAUUUGAGCAAAGCUAUAUUUGGGCUUGUUUUGUCAAGUAUUUAGACCAUAUUAACUAAGGCAUUGUAGAGAUGUCACUCAAAUGGGCAAAUGUAGCUUUUAAGAUUAUUUGUUUUUGUUAUACAAUGCAAGGUGUACUCCAAAGUAAACAGGACUUAAAAAAAACAGAACAAAUGUUUUUUUCGGCAAAAUCAAUUUAUUUUAUUCAAAAUAGUCUCCUUCUGCUUCAAAACAGCUUUUUGCACGUCGAACGGGUGUUUUAGCUCGUUGGCCGGUAUGGCCGCCAGUAUGCCGGUGCAAGCCGGCCUCUACGUCUGCAUAACGCCUUCCUUUCCAAGGCAAAUAUAUUUUUCCGAAGAGGAAGAAAUUGCACGGUGCCAUAUCAGGUGAAUACAAAUCAGCAUUGUCUUCACUUUUGACUUCUCCAUGCGCGAUUCGUCAUUUAUGUCUCACGACCACUUUGAAAACGUUGAAUCCACUCGUUGACUCUGCUACGGGAUAGGCAAUCAUCGCCAUAAACUGUUUUCAUCAAUUGAAACGUUUCGGUAAAAGUUUUACCAAUUUGAAAACAAAAUUUAAUGUUGGAUCUUUGUUCGAAACUCAUUUUCGCUCCGAUAACGCAAACAUACUGACACUUAAAACGCAAUAACUUCACUUCCAAUCAAUGAAAUGUCAUGAAAUCCUCACUGGAGAAUCGAUAAAGAUAGCAGAUUCAAACGCACCAGUCGACAUAUAGAUUACGCCACCAGGGGCGCUAGACUCAAAAAGUCCUGUUUACUUUGGAAAGCACCUUGUAUAUUGCAAUAUACGAUAAUAGACUGGGGUUUGACUAAGCCUUUGUUGAUAUAAACU